AUGUCUUACUACGAGCACAUUGUUUUGGAUUACGACUUCAAUGACACUGGGUCGGGCUCUGGGUCGGGAGAGCUGGGGGUGGAUUUGGACGAGCCCUGUGAUGUGGAGCACUUGAUGACGGCAGAGUUACAGCAGGUGUUUUUACCUGUGGUCUACGCUCUCAUCUUCACACUCGGCAUCACUGGUAACGGGCUUGUGGUCAUAGUGUUGGGAUGCCAGCGCAGGUCCAAAUGUAGCCUGACCGACCGAUACCGCCUGCACCUCUCAGCUGCUGACCUCCUGUUCGUUCUGGCUCUUCCGUUCUGGGCGGUGGACGCUGCUCUGGCCGACUGGCGCUUCGGAGCGGUCUCGUGUGUAGGAGUUCACGUCAUUUACACCGUGAACCUGUACGGCAGCGUCCUCAUCCUCGCCUUCAUCAGCCUGGACCGCUACUUAGCUGUGGUCCGCGCCACUGACACCAACACAGGAGCUCUGAGGCAGCUGCUGGCACACAAGCUGGUUUAUGCAGGUGCUUGGUUGCCCGCUGCUCUGUUGGCCAUUCCGGACCUGAUUUUUGCCAGGACUCAGGAGGGUGGUGAGGGAGCCACCCUUUGCCAACGUUUCUACCCAGAAAAGAAUGCUCCUCUGUGGGUGGCAGUGUUCAACUUGCAGCUGGUCCUGGUGGGUCUCGUGGUGCCUGGUCUGGUUCUGCUGAUCUGCUACUGCGUAAUUGUGACCAGACUGACUCGUGGCCCGCUCGGAGGCCAGAGGCAGAAGAGGAGGGCUGUACGGACCACCAUCGCUCUCGUGCUCUGCUUUUUCUUGUGCUGGCUGCCCUAUGGAGCUGGUAUCUCUGUGGAUACAAUGUUAAGGUUGGAGAUCUUGCCUCGCAGCUGCAACCUUGAAGCUGUCUUGGGGGUUUGGUUAGCGGUGGCCGAACCGAUGGCUUUCGCUCACUGCUGUCUAAACCCAAUUUUGUACGCCUUCCUUGGGGCAGGAUUCAAAAGUUCGGCCCGCAGAGCCCUGACACUAAGCAGGGCCUCAAGUUUAAAGAUUUUACCCAGAAGGCGCACGGGACAGUCCACCACCACAGAGUCCGAAUCAUCCAGUUUGCAUUCAAGUUAG